AAAGCAGAAAUACAAAAUCCCUUUCUGGGUGGCAGCUCCAGCAGGCACAUGUGUUUCUCUGUAUUUACAAAAGAUUUUCCGAAAACAAUCCAAUAAUGGUUAAGGGCAAGAAGCCGUACAUUGACCGCAAAAAGGCGGUCACCUUCCAUUUGGUGCAUCGCAGUCAACACGAUCCCCUGGUGACCGAUGAAAAUGCUCCGCAGAGGGUGCUCCUCGAGGCGGCGGCGCGCCAGCAGAAGCCGAAGGAUCCAGAGCCACCCACCGAUCCCGCCCAGCGGCAGGAGGAGCUAAAGAAGUUUGGUAUUCACUUCGACGAUGACUAUGAUUACAUGCAGCAUCUGAAGAAACGCGAGAACGACGUGGUUUGGGAGUUCAUUGAGAAUCCCAAUCAAGCGAGAAAGCAAAAGGAUAGCGAGAUACCGGGCCCUGCGCCCAAGCUAAUGCUACCCAGCUCGGUGUUCGCCAGCGAGUUUGAGGAAUCCGAGGGCAUGCUAAAUAAGGCGGCUCCGCAAACCUUACGUCUGGACUGGGAUCCCGAUGUGGUCGCUGCCCUGGACAGCGAUUGUGAGAACGAAGAGCUGGAAGAUGACUUCGUAAUGCAGGCCAUGGCUGAGGGCGACUCCGACGACGAGGAGUGGGAUGACGAAGAUGGGGAGGAGCAGUCCGACAUGGACUUCGAUUCCGAUGACCUAAACGAGGAUGAAAAUGAGGACGAACUAAUGGAUCGCUUGGCACCCCUGAUGCGCGAACGUCGCUUUGACGACGAGGAGCUCAAGUCGCGCUUCACCGAGUACUCCAUGUCAUCCAGCGUAAUUCGGCGCAAUGAGCAGCUGUCCCUAUUAGACGAUCGCUUCGAGAAGUUUUACGCCACAUACGAUGAUCCGGAGCUGGGUGACCUCGCUCUGGAGGACAUCGAAGGCAACUGGCACCAGAAACAUCCCGUUGUGAUGCAGUGCUUCCAGGAGUUCAAGAAGAAGGACAAGAGCAUCGAGUAUAACAAGGAGUGGGAUCGCGAGCGCAUCGAAAAGUAUCGAAAUGUGGUCGAGGGCGAAGAAGAUCCCACGGAGGAGCUGGUGGAAUACGAGGUCGAUGACCCUAAGCAGAAGAAGUGGGACUGCGAGUCUAUCUUGUCCACCUACUCAAAUAUCUACAAUCACCCGAAGGUGAUCGAUGAGCCGCGACGCAGUCGUCGUUCCAGUGCAAGCACAAAUCCAGCUCCCAUUCAGAUCGACCCGAAGACAGGCCUGCCCACAAAUGUCCUGCGCGGUGGGGUCGAUGGCCAACUGACAGCCAAGGCGCUUGCUAACCUGGCCGAUGAAUCACCCGCUGCCACUGGGCCAAAGUCACUGUGCGCCAAAUCGGUGCUCUCCACAUUAAGCGUUCUGUCCAUCAGACCCAAGGACGAGACCCCCGAGGAGAAAAAGGAGCGGAAGCGCCUGCUGAAGGACUAUCGCAACGAGCGUCGCAUCGAAAAGAAGGCCAACACGGAGGCCUUCAAGGAGGAGAAGAAGCGACAGACGCACGUGAAGAUCAACCAGCGAACCAACCAACAGGGAGCCUCCAUCGUCUAGCUUAAGUUUCCGGCUCUGUUCUCUAGGCUUAAAUGUGAAAUGUAUACACAGGCGUAUAUGUUAAGUGAUAUCUAUAAACGAUCGAUUGGAUAAACGACAAA